UAGUUCCUUCUGUCACAUGUUAAAUCUUGUUGAUUUGUGACUCUUUGGAGCAUAUGCUGGGGAACAGUUGAGCUUUUGUACCAGAUGGUUCCCCAAGCUCAAAUCUCUGCAAUUAGCUGACAUGGAUCGUCUGAAUUGGAUUGAAAUAGAGGAUGGAACAAUGAUGAAUCUACAUCGUUUGGAACUUGCUGGUUUAAGAAAUCUAAAGGUCGUACCUGUGGGCAUCAAGUACCUUAAAACGCUUCACCAGGUGUUUCUGACAGAGAUGUCAAAUGAGUUCAUAGAUAGAUUGCAAGGAAGUGACCAUCACAUUGUUCAACGCAUACCUGACAUACAUAAUUUUGACUCUUCUGAUUCUCAAGCAGGUAAAUAACUUCAUUUUUCUGCCAUACCUUGCCAAGAAGUUUGGCCCUGGUGCAAUGAAUUAUGCCUCUACAAAACGUGGCUCAUCUGGCUCUUGACGAUUCAGUUGGAGAUGUCUGCAAAAAAAAUAUGUAGUUCCUUUUUUGGGUCAAUGCCUGUCAUUCGAAGAGCAAAUCUCAUCUAUAGCUCGUCUAGGUGUCACUGGAUGAGCUAAUUGCUGUUGUGUAACUUACACAAAGAUGAUAAGCCACUGUCAAUAAAGAUUUACAGAGGAAGAAUUCACUUAUUCACCAUCUAUCUGCAUGAAGCCAUGGAGGAUGAAGCAUGUCUUUUCUAGUUUAAGAGACUGUAUUUGUGAAAAAUGUCCGUUAGAUGAGUCAUCGGACAAGUAGAGCAUUUAAGUUGCCACAUAUUAGCGUGCAUACAUGAGCAGGCCGUGCCUGACAGUGUUGAAGCAUAAUUUUUGUCCCUCCACUAUUCCUAAACACGUCAACUUGUGCAAGUUAUCAGUUAUGUACUGUAAAUUGUUCUAAUUCACCAAUUACCAUGGCCUGGACUCGGAUUCAGAGUCCUCCCUUCCCUCCUCUGCUGUUGGGGAAAUCAUGAAAAAUGCUGAAGGAAGAUCAUUGUGGGUAGGAAGUUAUCUUCAGAUACUUUGGUUUGUGGUCGGGUGCAUGUCCUGCAAAACUUCUUCACAAUGAAAUGCUCGCUCAGGCAAAUUUAAAAGAAAAUACUUUGGGCAUUUAGCUUGAUCCCGACUGACCAAGGUCAAAGAUCAAACCAAUUCUCAAUUUGAUCUUGCAAUUUUUAUAGAACCUAGCUGACCCCGGCCAAGUUUACUAAGCCGAUGCCCAUGUUUUGAUUCCACACCAUUUGACCUGAGGGCGCCGCCUUGUGUACACUAGUAGCCGGGCUUGCAUCAGAGAUAUGGGCAUUCUGGCCUUGCUGACUCCAAGACGCGGAAUUGAGGCCUGGGGGGCGUGGCGUUGCCUGGCUCAAUUCUUCAAUAUCGGCCGCCUCCGCUACUCCUCAUCGGCUUCUGCUUCAUCUCGCUCCUCCAGUCUCUGCUCACCGAGAGUGUCAGCUCUUUGUGAGUACUGCUCAGCAACUGUUUCUGACAGAGUGAUGAUUUUUUUGAGCGAGUGGAGCAAAAAUGGCAGAUGCCCUGUUUGUGAUUCUCAGAAAAAUCGCUCUUUCCCUAGGAGAAGGUGUACUGGAGAGGAUCGGCACAGAACUGGCGGAAGUAGCACCGAUUUUGACAGAUUUUGAGCACAGCAUGAAACAAAUCGAGGGCGAGUUCUCUAUUCUGAAAGCAUUUAUUGACCAGGUUAGUAUACACAAAGAUGGGGACAAGGCAUUUGAUGCCUGGUUGGACCAAGUUAGAGAUGUCGCCCAUGAGGUGGAAGACAUCAUUGACGAGUAUGCCUACCUUACUGCGCAAAACCAAGAUACAAGCAGCUUCUUCAAGAGAAAGUUCCAUCAGAUUAAAAACUUUGCAGCAUGGCAAAAGUUCCCUGGCCAGAUCAGUCAAGUAGAAGCUCGAAUUCAGAGGCUAACAGAAAUGAGGAAUCGGUAUGGCAUCUCGGUAGGUGUACUUGACAAGGGUGACAAGUUGCAGCAACACAAUAAGUUCUCCAUGUCAGAUUUUGCUUACCUGACUGAUAACUCUGAGAUAGUGGGGAAUAUCGAUGGGAUCACAAGAUUGACACAAUGGCUUCUUGAGGAGAAACAAGACCGAACUCUAAUUGCUAUAUUUGGUAUGGGAGGUUUAGGCAAAACUACAAUCACAAGCAGCGUCUACAAUAAUAAAAGGAUCAGAAGAACAUUUGAUUGUCGCGCAUGGGUUACUCUAUCUCAGACUUACCAAGCUGAAGAACUACUUAGAGAAAUCAUAAAUCAGUUAAUAGACCAGAGAUCAAGCAUGGCAAGUGGUUUUACAACCAUGAGUCGCAUGAAAUUACUAGAGGUAAUACAAAUCUAUUUACGGGACAAAAAAUAUAUUAUCGUCUUGGACGAUGUUUGGGAUAAGGAUGCUUGGUUAUUUUUGAACUAUGCAUUUGUCAGAAACAGCUGUGGAAGUAAAGUGCUAAUAACAACCCGGCAAAAAGAUGUGUCUUCUUUGGCUGCUGACAGCUAUGUUAUUGAACUGAAAACACUGAAAUAUGCUGAAUCUUGGGAGCUAUUCUGUAAAAAGGCAUUUCAUGCAUCAACAGACAACAAAUGUCCUGAGAAUCUUAUAUCUUGGGCAAACAAAAUUGUCACCAAGUGUCAAGGACUGCCCCUGGCCAUUGUAACCAUUGGAAGUAUUCUAUCAUACCAUGAAUUAGAGGAGCAGGUGUGGAAAUUUUUCUACAAUCAACUUAGCUGGCACAUAGAAAACAAUCCAGAGCUCAAUUGGAUUUCUAGUGUCCUGAAUUUGAGCUUGAAUAAUCUCCCAAGUUAUCUAAGGAGCUGCUUUUUGUACUGCAGCCUCUAUCCUGAAGAUUACAAGAUAAAAAGGAAACUGAUUUCCAAGCUAUGGAUCGCAGAAGGUCUUGUGGAGGAGAGAGGAGAUGGAACAACAAUGGAGGAAGUUGCCGAGUGUUACCUUAUGGAGCUCACUCAACGCUCUCUGCUUCAGGUCACAGAAAGGAAUGCAUGUGGAAGGGCUAGAACAUUUGUAAUGCAUGAUCUUGUGCGAGAGGUAACUUCAAUAAUUGCUAAAAGGGAGAAAUUUGGUAUUGCUUAUGGAGAUGCUGGUACGACCCAAGUUUUACAUGAAGCUCGCCGCUUAAGCAUCCAAAGAGGUGCAAAGUCCUUAAAUUCUUUGGCAAGUUCACGGCUCCGCUCCUUUAUUUUGUUUGACACUGAAAUACCAUCUUCUUGGAUAUAUGAUAUUUCAUCAAGUUUCAGACUGCUGAGGGUCCUAUGCCUUAGAUUUGCCAGUAUUGAGCAAAUGCCAUGCGUGGUGACAGAGUUGUAUAACUUGCGUUAUCUAGAUUUUUCACAUACAAAAGUGAAGGAGGUACCAGCAUCAUUCAGCAAACUUGUUAACCUUCAAGUUUUGGAUCUCAGAUUCAGCUACGUGGAUGAGUUGCCAUUGGAAAUUUCUAUGCUAACUAAUUUGCGGCAUCUACAUGUAUUUGUAGUCCAUGAUGUUCAACAAAGAUCACUGAAUUGCUUCGGUUCCACCAAAUUUCUUGGUAACAUUUGUCAUCUAAAGAAUCUGCAAGCUUUAUACACUGUUUCAGCCAAUAAAUAUUUAGUUUCACAGCUGGGGAACUUGACACUGAUGAGAGGUUUGGGUAUAAUGAAAGUGCAGCAAAGCUUCAUUGAGGAGUUAUGGAACUCCCUGACUAAGAUGCCUAACCUGAGCAGACUGCUGCUUUUUGCAUCUGAUAUGGAUGAGAUUCUAAACUUGAAAAUGCUAAGGCCAUUGCCAAAUUUGAAGCUCCUCUGGUUGGCAGGAAAGUUAGAUGGAGGCAUGGUCCCAUCACUAUUUUCUAAGUUUGAGAAAUUAACACAGUUAAAAAUGGACUGGUCUGGUCUGAAGGAGGAUCCUAUUAGCUCCUUAUCUCACAUGUUAAGUUUAGUUAACCUUUGUCUCAACGGAGCAUAUGAUGGGGAACAGCUAACUUUUUGUGCAGGAUGGUUCCCCAAGCUCAGAUCUUUGCAGUUAGUUGAUAUGGAACAUCUGAAUCUAAUUGAGAUAGAGGGUGGAACAUUGAUGAGUCUACAUACUUUGGAACUUACUGGUUUAAGGAACCUUAAAGCUGUACCAGAGGGCAUCAAGUACAUUAGGACACUCGACCAGAUGUUUCUGACAGAUAUGUCAAAUGAGUUCAUAGAAAGGCUGCUAGGAAGUGACCAUCACAUUGUUCAACACAUACCUGACAUCCGCAAUUUUGGCUCUUCUGAUACUCAAGAAGCCAAUAACUUCAUUUCUUUGGAAUACCUUGCCAAAAAGUAUGGCACUGGUGCGCUUAAGUACUCCCCUGCAGAAUGAGGAUCAUCUGGCAGGGCUUGUUAGCAAGAAAUAUGUGGUUCCUUUUGUAGGCCAGGCAUUCGGUGAGUGAAUAAUAAUGCAGUUCAUCUAGGUACCAGGACACUAGAUGAGCGAAUUGUUUCUGCUUAUACCUUAUAUAAGGAUUUCGACAGAUGCUUCUGAAAUGAUAUGCCACUGUCAAUAGAAGAAUUACUGAAGCGGAAUUUAACAUCUGUCUGUAUGAAGGAUGAAGCAUGUGCUUUUAGGUUAAACUUAAACAUGUGUAUUUGCUGUAAAAUGUCACAGCAUACGAAUCAUGGGACAAGUGGAGCAUUUCAGUGGUCAUAUAUAUCAGCCUGCAGCCCUGCAUACACAUUUCAGCAAGCAGUAUCUGAUGGUGUUAAGCAUAAUUUUCAUCUUAUUACACCAAACAUGUUAACUUGGACAAGUUUUUUUUUUCACCACGGGGUCGAGCCCCAAAUUUCAUUACUUUUUGGGUAACGAAAUUAACCUGUACAAGUUGUAU